AUGGAAUCAAAGCACCAAAAAAACUCAUGUAACACAACAACAAGAAAGAAGGUGGUCAGCAUCUUGUCUACCAGUUUCUACCAGUUAAGACCACUUGUCUACCAGUUUCUACGGAUAGAGGUAAAUGAUGGACGCACGGCGUUUUUCUGGUUUGAUGAUUGGCUACAAAUAAGGAGACUCAUAGACAUCACGGGAUCUAUUGGAACAUGCUAUCUUGGAGUUCCUCGUUCUGCACGGGUGUGUGAAGCUGUUACACAGUCGAGUUGGAGCGUACGAGGGCAUCGAAGUCGCCAGUUUCAUGACUUGCACUCUCGCAUUCAGAGAGAGCCAGUUCCAAACAUCAACAGAGGCAGCGAUGUUAUGCUAUGGAGGCAUUCUGAUGAAUCCUAUAAGCCUUGUUUCUCUUCGGCUAAAACAUGGGAACAGAUCAGAGAAAGAAAACCAAUAGUUUUUUGGAGUAAAAGUGUUUGGUUUGCUCAAGGAGUUACAAGGUUCUCCUUUAUAGUCUGGUUGGCUGUUAAGAACAGAUUAGCUACUGGUGACAGAAUGAGAGUUUGGGGGUUGCAACAAGGUUGUAUGCUGUGUGGAGAGCUAGAUGAGACCCGUGAUCAUGUCUUUUUUGCUUGUCCGUACUCAUUUACUAUCUGGGAUAAGCUGGCAAAUAGAUUGAGUGGGAGUAGGAUGAUCCAGAUUGGACAAUAA